AUGUCCUUAUCCAGCAGCAAGCAGCAGCAGAGCAGCAGCCAGCAGAAAGCAGCAAGCAACAAGCAGCAGCCAGCAGCAGCAAGCAGCAAGCAGCAGCAAGCAGCAGCAGCCAGCAAGCAGCAGCACGCAGCAGCCAGCACGCAGCAGCACGCAGCCAGCACGCAGCAGCACGCAGCAGCACGCAGCAGCAGUCAGCAGCAAGCAGCAGCAAGCAGCAGCCAGCAAGCAGCCAGCAGCAAGCAAGCAAGCAGCAAGCAGCUGCUUGCAGCUGCAUACCAGCAGCAGCAAGCAGGUUCCAGCAGCAGCAAGCAGCCAGCAGCCAGCAGCAGCCAGCAGCCAGCAGCAGCUAGCAGCAGCCAGCCGCAAGCAGCAGCAAGCAGCCAGCAGCCAGCAGCACAUUCAGACUUCGAGUGCCUUUCGUGCACAUAUCACUAUCCCAUUUCGGAUCCCAGCAACGAAAAGGGUACCCAGAAGAAGCACAGAGUAUUGGCUGCUCCCAACUUGAAGACAUUUUCUUCGAUGGGACAGAGUAAAAAGCCAGAAAGCUGUGCUGUUCGUGAAUGA